AAACUAUCGUUCAGAAAACAGGAGUUUUCAGACAGCGGAGUGAUGUCAACCUUGUUCCCAGAUCUCAGAUAUUAACUAGGCUGAGCAAUGGACUCUGGAGCCAGCAGGACGACGGAGGUGGCGGCGCUCGGCCGGCCUUUUUGCCUCGGGAUGUUGUACGACUGCCGCCAAGACUCAAUCGUCCCUGGAAUGACACUGUGGGACUGUGAUGACCUGAAAGAUCAUAUCAGAGAAAGACCGCAGAACUAUAAUGAUUUUGAGAUAGUGGCCUCUGAAUCAAUUGCAGAUAAAACUUCAGCACUAAAUGUUGAAGCAUCACUUAAGGGAAGUUUUUUUUGUGGACUGGUAGAGGUUGGAGGAUCGGCCAAAUACCUGAAUGACAAUAAGACUUCCAAAAAUCAGGCCAGAGUAACCCUGAAUUACAAAGCUACCACAAAGGUCAAGGAACUGUCGAUGGAUCAUCUUGGAAGAGGCAAUGUGAAGCAUCCAUAUGUCUUUGAUAAAGGAUUAGCAACACACGUAGUCACAGCUAUUCUUUAUGGGGCACAAGCCUUCUUUGUCUUUGACCGCGAUGUGUCUGAAAACGAAGAUCAUCAAGACAUUGAGGGCAACUUGAAGUUGGUGAUCAAGAAGAUACCCAAAAUUACAAUAGAGGGUGAAGGUUCCCUGAAAAUAGAAGACAAGGAUAAAGAAAAUGUUGACAAAUUCUCCUGCAGAUUCUUUGGAGACUUUUCCCUUCAGAAAUCUCCUACAACGUUUCAGGAUGCUGUAGAAGUCUACCAAAGCCUCCCAAAAUUGUUGGGAGCUAAUGGAGAAAAUGCAGUACCAAUGAAGGUCUGGCUCUUGCCAUUGACAACUUUAGAUUCUUCUGCUGCUAAACUCAUCCGUCAGAUAAGUACAAGAUUAGUUAAAAAAUCACAAAAUGUCCCGGAGGACUUCAGUGAGCUGGAAAUAAGGUACAAUGAUGCACUGAGAACCACCACUGCACAGCAGUUCCCACAGAUUAGUAAAAAGAUUAAAAAAGUUAGAGAAAUGUGCUCUGAGUUCAAGCUGGAUUUCCAACAAACCUUGGCAAAGAAACUUCCAUCAAUCCGAGGAGGAGGAGAAGAGGAGGAUGGGCUCGCAGAGAUCCUGAAGAAGAGACAUUCUUCUCCUUUCAACAGCAAAAACCUGAACGAGUGGAUGGACUGUAAAGAGAGAGAAAUUGACACAUUGAUGUCUUUCACCAACAUGAUGAAAAACACCAAGAUCGUUCCAUCUCAAAAUCAUCUGUACAAAGAAAGUUUCAGUGCAGACCAUGCUGUGUGUUUUGUCUUCACCUCACUUGGAAGUGCUGAACUGUACCUCUCAGCUUUAUCAAACUACCUAAAACAAACACCAGAAGACCCUCAAGAUACACAUAUUUACGAUGUAGAGAAGGAACAAUGGUACGCCUCAAAAACAGUAUCAGAAGAAAUGUGGUGUAAAGCAAAGCUCUUCAGUGACUUUGCAGAGGCCAACAAGGAGAACAAGAACAUUAAAUUCCUGACAGCGGGUUCAACAAAUGAGACACAGAAAGGUUCAAGUAUCUACCUUUAUAAAGAAGGCUUUCCUGUCAGUGAGAACUUUGAGCCGCCUUCAAAGCCUGAAACAGUGACAGUAAGUGAUAUAGACCACAACAGUGUGACGCUGAAGAUUUCUCCACCCAGAUUUGGAGCAGAGGUCAUCACCUCCUACUCUGUUGAGUACUGUGUCAGUGGAGAGGAUGGAUGGAAACAGAAGACAGCAUCAAAAGCUGAAGAAGUCACAGUGAGCGAUCUGAGUCCUAGCACAGAGUAUAUGUUCAGAUGCAGAGCAGUGACCUCAAUAGGUGUUGGGCCAGCCAAUGAAGUCACUGGUUCCACUAAAACGUUACCUUGCAGCACUCCUGGAAAACCUCGAGUUGAACCAAACUCAAGAGAGAUAUCAGUUAGCUGGGAGAAACCUGCUGGGCUUGGAAAAUAUGUCCACAUUUUGAGCUACAUCGUGGAGUACGCCAAAACAGACAACAGGAUGAAAGAGGAAGAUCUCCAAUGGAACAAAAUGAUGGCAGAAGCUGAAAAGGCUAUAAUAUCAGAGCUUCAGUCAGAGACAGAAUAUGUUGUCAGGGUCAGAUGUGAUUGUGGUGAAGCUGGCAGAGGCAAAGAAAGCAUCGCUGUUAAAGUCCGUACAACAAAGUUUACACUAACAGAAUCCCUCAGAAGUACAAGCGAAAGGAUGAAUUCUGAUUCACCAUCAGUUUACAAACUGACUCUGACAGAAGAAGAUAUGAACAUCGGUGGAUGCCGAAGAGUCAGUUUUGGCAAAGAAAGCAGAAGGCAGAAUCGCACUAUAAUGCUUUUUGGGGUGACCGGAUCAGGAAAGUCUACUCUGAUCAAUGCAAUGAUCAACUACAUAGUUGGUGUAGAAUGGAAGGACAGUUUCAGAUUCAAAUUAAUUGACAAGCAUCAGUCAAGAUCACAAGUUGAAAGUCAGACCUCUGAAGUCACUGUGUACAAAAUCAACCACCAGGAUGGUUUUAAAAUCAACUACUCACUGACCAUUGUUGACACUCCAGGCUUUGAAGAUACAGCAGGCAUAGAAAGAGACGAGGAGAUCAUUGCACAUCUGCGCAAUCUCUUCUCCGCUGAGUGUUUGAAUGACAUUGACACUGUGUGUUUCUUAGCUCCGUCUGCUUUAACAAAACUCACACCAUCAAAGAAAUAUUUGCUGUAUUCUGUGCUCUCAAUCUUUAGUGAAGAUGUGGCAGAAAACAUCCGGGUUCUGGUGACAUCUGCAGAUGGCCAUCAACCACCAGUUCUGAAGGCAAUCACUGAUUCAGGUGUCCCAUGUCCUAAAACAAAAGACGGGCUUCCAGUUCACUUCAAAUUCAAUAAUUCAAUGUUGUUUGCAGACAACAAAUCAUCUGCAGCAGACAGCAUGAAUGAGUAUGAUGAUGAAGAUGGAGGAUUUGAUCAGAUGUUUUGGAACAUGGGAACAAAAGGCCUGAAGAGGUUCUUUGUUGCUUUGAAUGUCAUAGACACCAAAAGCUUGACAAUGACGAAAAAAAUCCUCAGAGAAAGAAAGCAGCUUGAAAAGUCAUAUGAAGAUUUGCAGAAGCAGGUUAAAACUGGGCUAGACAAGCUUGAAGAGAUAAGAGGGACAACUGAAUAUUUCCAUGUGCUGGAUGAGGUGUACACACUGAUAAAGAGAUCUAGAGAGUGUUUCAACAAACUUGAAGAGAAAACACUGGAGCCAGAUCCUCUCUCCACUUACAAGUACAUUGACAUGCUUAUUGAGGGAGAGAGAUCUGAGACCGAGCCAGGCUGGGAGCAACGAGUUCGGUCCCUGGAAGCCAUACAAAAACCAUAUCCAUGUUUUUUUCAUACUUCAGGAAAAUGUUUAAAUCUAGACCCUAACAAGACCUAAACAGAUAACCAUCAACACAAAGAGGAGGUCCAUUCUGAAAAAAGGGACACAGAGUAUCGAUACUGAGAUACUUAGACAUACAUGACUGUCCAAGAAAAACUCAAUCCUAGAUAAAGCCUUUUCAUUUGUACAAAAGUA